AAGCGUCCCGGUGCCUCCUCAAGAAUCAGUGCCGCUGCCAGACAAGCCGCCGAGCAGAAGAGAUUGCAACGUGAAGAGGAGGAGCGCAAGCAGGUACAACAAAAUCGUGCAGUUGCUCCUACAGACAUCGUCAGCGCUCAUUACAAUGCUGUCCCAGAAAGAGGCAGAGACUGGAGAAAAACAGAGUCCAAGAUUCAAGGUCUGCGGUCACUGAACAACUGGAUCAAGUCAUGCAUGAUCCAAAAGUUCUCUCCCUCAGAUGACAGAGACUACCGUCCUAUUGUUCUCGACAUGGGCUGUGGUAAAGGUGGUGAUUUGCAGAAAUGGCAAUCUGCACCUCAAACACCACGUCUCUACGUCGGUGUAGAUCCAGCCGAUGUCUCCAUCGACCAAGCCAGAGGCAGAUACAUUGAGAUGCAACGUCGAAGGAGGGGGCCCAGAAACGCCAAACACCUCGAAGCUCACUUCUUCGCCCAAGACGCUUUCGGUGUAAGUCUGGCCAAUAUUCCCAUAGUACGCGAGGUUGGCUUCGACCCUCACGCUGGUCCUGAUACAACUGGAGCUAUUACUGCCCGCUUUUCACAAGGAGGUUUUGACGUGGUCUCGAUGAUGUUUUGUUUGCACUAUUCUUAUGAGAGUGAAGAGACGGCCAGAGGUAUGCUCAAAAAUGUUGCUGGUGCUCUGAAGAAAGGUGGUCGCUUCCUUGGUGUCAUGCCCAACUCGGAUAUCAUUCGCAGAAAAAUCGAGCAGCAUAUGAAAGGCGGCGUGAAACCUUCAGAACCAACAAAAGAAGAUUCCCCACCGGCUGGCGCUACAGCUGGAGACGAUGACUGGAAUCCUGAACAGAGUCUCGACCCACAUGCCCAGAACGACGAAGAUGACUGGGAUCCGGAAAAGCCUCUUGAGCCAAUGCAAGCCGCCAACGGUGGCAAUGACGACGAUGAUUGGGACCCAGAAAAGAGUUUGCAGCCUGCAGCGAAUGGCACUGCCAACAAUGAUGACUGGAAUCCUGAAGCGCCGAUCGAGAAUGCCACUUCUGGCGAGGAGAAACCCAAACCUCAGGCAAAAGCGCCAGCACUGCCGAAAGAACCCCUGGAAUGGGGUAACUCAAUCUACAAGGUCAAGUUCCCAGAGUCGCAGCCCCUGCCUUAUGAUGGUGUCUUCAGGCCACCAUUUGGAUGGAAGUACUACUAUUACCUUGAAGAAGCUGUGGACGUGCCUGAAUUUGUGGUGCCCUGGGAAGGAUUCCGUGCUCUUGCUGAGGAGUAUGGAUUGGAACUGAUGUACCGAAAACCCUUCCCAGAAGUUUGGGAGGAUGAAAAGGAUGACUAUGAACUUGGACCGCUGAGUGAACGCAUGCGAGUCAAGGACAGGGAAGGCAGGUUCUUGGGCACAAAGGAGGAGAUGGAGGCGGCUGGCUUCUACCACGCUUUCUGCUUCUACAAG